GUCGGUUUCUUGGUAGUUGUCACUUAACCCUAUGAGCUCAUCACAACUAGUAGUAGAAAAAAAAAAGAUAGAAAAUUUCAUGAAAGUCACCAGAAAAGGCGGCUGAUACUUCGGGGCUAGCUCCCUUAGAAGGAAGCAUAUAAUGAGCUUCAAACUUUGUAAACUUUACUCAUUCUAGAAAUCUAACUCUUACUUAGUACUUCUUUCACUCUUUUUUCUCACGCUUUAGAGUGUUUCAUGCUAUAUGUUUUGACUUAUAAAAAUUCUUAGCUUCUAAAACAAACCUUUUGCUCAAGAUCAAAAAUAUAUUUAAACAUUUCCUCAUAGCUUAGAUACCUUAAAGAUUAAGGAAAGUUAAUUUAACGGAUUCAACGGUCCAAAGUAAUGGAAGAGACAAUGAUUAAAGAUUGUAGUAUGAAUGAGAAAACAAAUGAAGGAGAGAAGGUAGACGAAGUUCUUCUUCCCGGGUUUCGAUUUCAUCCAACCGAUGAGGAGCUUGUAGGGUUUUACCUUAAGAGGAAGAUUCAACAACGUCCUCUUUCUAUUGAGCUUAUCAAGCAACUUGAUAUAUAUAAAUUUGAUCCAUGGGAUCUUCCAAAAUUUGCAUCUGCAGGGGAGAAAGAGUGGUAUUUUUAUUGUCCAAGGGACAGAAAAUAUAGAAAUAGUGCAAGGCCUAAUAGGGUCACCGGAGCAGGGUUUUGGAAAGCAACCGGAACGGACCGUCCGAUCUACUCAUCGGAGGGAAACAAGUGCAUAGGGUUAAAGAAGUCCUUGGUGUUCUACCAAGGUAGAGCUGCCAAAGGGGUCAAGACUGACUGGAUGAUGCACGAGUUUCGCCUCCCGUCUCUUGGCGACGCUACGCUUACGAAAAGAUGCGUGGAUAAAAACCUUCCUGCUAAUGAUUCAUGGGCAAUAUGCAGGAUAUUUAAGAAAACAGGCCCUACAAAUUCAAGGACCCAUUUCCAUUCUUGGGUAUCUCCUUCACCUGAUCUGACUCACCCGAACCUUACGUCUCGUUUACCACCAUCUAGCUCUUGCAACAACCCUAACUUUAGCCCCGAUAACAUGAUCAAAACUAGUUGUAGUUCUCCCAUGCAACAACCAAACUCUAGCAACAACAUAAAUGAAUUAGACCAAUUUUUGGGGUCACCUGAUAAUUACUCAUCAUUCUUAGAUCAAAUACCAACUUUCAAACCAAUUUACCCUACUACUAGUACUUAUAACACCGAUGAAACAAUAUCGAACGAUAAUAAUUUGUUGGCGAAUAUAGCAACCUUGUUAGAUUUUCCACCUUGUUACACCUUGCCUCAACUUGAGAACCCGUCUGAUCCGUCCAAUAAAUCGAACAACAUCGAUACCUCAUCGAUGUUACUAAACAUGUCGUCUUCAGUUCUCGGAAAUUUUGAUAAGCAUACGGAUGGGAACGCGGAAUUUGGCAUGCUGCCUAAUAUAAAUGGAAAAUGCCAUGAUUUUUCACCGGUCACAUUGUCACAAGAACACAUGCAACGUGUGAACGUCGAAGAUGAUGAACAAGUCCAUCGUGAAUAUUGUGGUGAUGAUCAACAAGAUUUUGCAUGUACUUUGUUGGGCAAUUUGAAUAAUAUGUUAUAUGCUGACGAUAAUGGCCAUCAAUGGGACGGGAUUGAGACCAUUGGUUCAAUUCCGAUUUCAGACUUGUUGCCACCGUUGGCUAUGCCUGAGACGUGGAAGUCAUCCUCCUCUUUGAUAUGGGAUUGUGCACCACCUUUGUCAUAGCAAUAAUAAUGUCAUAACAAGUAGUGUAAUAGUUUUGUUAGAUCUUAGAAGUUGUAACAUCAUUUUAACUAUUCUUUACUUCUUUAAUUUCUGAUCGAUUAGAUAUAUGUUAACUAAU